AUGCGACAGACACCUGUACAGCCCUGGAGCCGCGUUGGCAUUUACUUGUUCCACUAUGCUGCGAAGACUUACUUAGUGGUAUAUGAUGCAACGUCGAGCUACCCAGAAGUCGAAGAGCUCCAUGACUCUAGGGCCCGGACUGUGGUCGCCGAAGUGGCCAGCAUAUUUGCAAGACACGGAAUCUCGUUAGAAGUCUGUUCCGAUAACGAGCCGCAGUUUGUCUCUAAAGAAUUGAAAGACUUUGCCACUAAUUUCGAUUUCCGACACGUCACCUCUAGUCCACGUUUCCCGAGGGCGAACGGACUGGCCGAGAAAGGAGUGCAGAUUAUAAAGAGAUUGCUGAAAAAGACUCAUCACGCUAACGAGAAUUUUUUCGUAGGCCUGUUGAUCUACAGGACAUCUCCUCUAGAAAGUGGAACCUCUCCAGCAGAGAUCCUAAUGGGACGUCGAUUGCUUUCGCGCCUGCCGGAUUUUACACCUGGUACAAUGGUCGAGGACAGGAAGCAUCAACAAAAUCAUAUGAGAGGCAGUCAACUGCCUCCAUUAAGACCAGGCAACAUCGUAAGAAUUGACGACGGCAACACAUGGUGCACAAAAGCAAAGGUAGAGGGCAUGGCAGCACCAAGGUCGUAUAACGUAAGGCCGGAGGACAACCGUGUUUUCAGAAGAAACCGACAGCACCUCCUGCCUACUUCAGAAGACUUCAGCCCAACAACGGUGGACCUGGACGACGACGGUUCUAUCACAGUGAACCAGCAGCAAGCCUCGCCAAGAGAUGACCAACCCUCAAGUGCGGCCGCCCAGUCUACAACAGGUGUACAAGACAUGUCACCGACAGAGUUUCGCCCUCGAAGGUCGACCAGGACAAGACGUCCACCUGAUAGACUGAUGUACACCUAA